AUGACAGUGGAUCCGGCCAUUGUCGCCGUCUUUGGGCAACCGCCCGCCGGCAUCGAUCUGGCCGAUAGUCGAGUGGCCCAGGAUAACCGGGCGGUCAUUGCAUUGAUCUGUCUCUGCGUGAUCACUGUCAUCCUACGGUUCGUUGCGCGUCUUGGCCUGAGAAACCCCCUGAUGCUGGACGACUGGCUCAUCGUGGCUGCACUGGUGUUUGUCUGUGCCACGGCCGGCCUGAGUAUGGCAGGGGGUGCCUUCGGUGCCGGACGACACGUCUGGGCGAUCACACUGCCGGAGCUGACGCAAAUCUUCAAGAUUCUUUUUGCGUAUACGUUCGUGUAUGCCGCCAGCUGCUCGACCUGCAAGCUCUCCAUCCUCUUCUUCUACCGCCGGGUGUUUGUGACGUCGCACCAGGACCUGUCGCUCCGAGUGUCGCUCCUGGUGGGAUUCGGCCUCACGCUGUCAUACCCGAUCAUCGUGUGGGUGACCAUGGGCAACUGCUGCCGGCCGGUGUCCUACUUCUGGAACGAGUUCAGCGGCGCCACCGGCACUUGUAUCGACACCGACACGUUCUUCCUGGCAGCUGGCGUCGUCAAUAUGGUCAACGACAUUGUAGUCUUGUUGAUUCCGUUCCCGCGCAUUGCGAAGCUACAGAUGCACUUCCGGAAGAAGGUGGCCAUCUGCGCCAUCCUCGCAUUGGGCAGCUUUGUUUGUGUUGCCAGCGCCGUGCGCAUCUAUGUCCUCUACCAGUUCAUCCAGGGUGUCGACGUGACCUGGAUGAUGGGUCCGGUCUUCAUCUGGUCCAGCAUUGAGCCCGCGGUCGCGAUUGUCUGCGCAUGUCUGCCACAUAUGGCCCCACUGGCUCGGGCCGCGCACAUCAGGUUCCUGUCUAGUCGGGACAGUAAGAGUGGGAGACCGUCGUAUCCCAGCAUGCCGUGGCGAUCCGGGUCAGAGGCCGACGCGCAUCCCCUGCCCGACCGUUGCUCCCGAUUCAACAAGGGACGACUACCGUCAUGCAGGCCCGAGGAUGAAAUCGGACUCACCAGCCAGGUAGCCGGUCAUCUACCACCUGCGUCUGUCGCAUCUUCCUCGAAGGACCAUUUCCCCGGUCACUCCAUUGUCGUUCACUCGACUGUGGAGCAGACGGUCUCUGAUCGAUGACCUCCGGGGAUCACAGCAGGU